GCGGCUGCUGCACUUUGAAGUCCGCCAGUUGUGAUCAGUGAGCUGCUGAAGUCCUGCACGGAGACACGCAGUGGGACGUUUCCCGAGCACUCGGACUCUCAAGUGGCUCUUUUCUCGUUUGCGCCUUGCCAAAAAGGACACCGUGCUCUUUUUUGUGGACUUUAUUAUUAUUGUUAUUUAUUUAUUUUUUUAUUUUGUGGGGUUUGAAGUCGGAAUACAGGAGACGUGUUUGGGACGAGGAUGCUCCAAAUGAAGUAGCGCACUGGGGCUGAAAGGCUUCUCCGUCCUUCGGGACAUUUAAGGACGCCCGUCUGUGUUUCAUGUCCGCUGGAUUAUAUUUACCAAACCCAUUUUGAAUCAUUAUUUUUAUUUAUUUUCUUUUUUUAUCCUUUAUUUUAUUAUUACUAUUUUUUAUAAGUUUUUUUUAAAAAUAAAGUAACGCACGUCCACGGCCACCCCUGCGCCCUCUCUCCAAUGAAAUAUCUCCCUUCAGGAUCAGCUGCUGAUCGAGUUAGCGCGCGGAUCGAGCUCAGUGAGACCAGCGUUCCUAAGAAGUCCCGUCCCGGUGCUGCGCUCUCUUUGUUGACCCCUCUGGACCCACUUCGACAGGCAAAGCGGCUUCCUAUCCGAGUUAUCAAGAUGUUGACGGCGCACACCGGACACUUGCUACACCCGGAAUAUUUACAGCCUCUAACACCCGCACCAGUGAGCAUCGAGCUGGAUGCAAAGAAGAGUCCCCUUGCCCUGCUUGCUCAGACCUGCUCUCAAAUUGGUAAACCAGACCCUCCUUCUUCCUCCAAGCUCAACUCCUCCUGCAGUCAGGGGGACAAGGAGCCCAGCAGUCGGUCAUCUGUCUCCAGCCUGAAGCUCGGCGAGCACCGCCACGCCCUGGAGGACAAAUCCAGCUUCAAGCCCUACAACAAAGGCAGCGGUGAAUGUCGCAGAGACGGAGCCACCAGCAGCAGCGGCUCCGGCAGUGACAAAGUCGGCUUCAGGGUGCCCAGCAGCAGUAGCACUACCGCUAAUGGAAAUUCAACCAGUGGCCAGCAGUCCUAUCCGCCUCACGCUGUGUCGCCCAGCUCCAGAGCCAGGAGCAGCACCCCACCGGGACAUGCUCAGCAGCUUUCCAAACAGAGCCACUCUCCAGGUGGACAGCACGCCCCACACUCCCAGAGUCCCACUGGUGAAUCUGCACGUGACCAGAGCAGUCCCACCAGCACGAGCAGCAAUAAUAAUAACAACAAUAACAUAAAUCCCAAAAAAGACGCUGAGGUAAACAAGGCCAGCUCGGACAGCCCGCACCACGCUAACUCCAGUCACGUUCGGGCCAGCACAAACUGCAGUAACGGAAGCUCUGACGGAGGCUCCAACCAUGACGCAGGCAAAGCAGAGCCCACCCAGCCUAACCUCGGCCCUGGACACGUUACGCCCAUUUCUCCUUAUAAGACCAGCCAGCCGCUCUUCCCUCUGCCUUCCUCAAAUAUGGGCUACCAUGGAUCUGUAGUGGGGGGCUACGCAGGCUACCCAUCCCAGUUUGUUCCUGGACUGGACCCGACCAAGUCGAGCCUGAGCGUGGGCAGCAUGGGCGUACCAGGAAAGCACCCAAGCUCCAGCCCUCUUACGGGCGCCUCCCCUCCCUCCUUCAUGCAGGGUUUAUGCAGGGACCCUUACUGUCUAAGUUACCCAAGUGUAUCCCAUCUUGGUGGAAGCAACUGCAACUCCUGCAUCCACGACCCUUCCUCCACCCUCAAAUCCAGCUUCCCACUGGUGUAUCCCUCCCACCACCUCCACUCUCUCCACCAAAGCUCCUUGUCAUCCAGUGCAUCCUCCUCCCUCUCUCAUCCCCUCUACACGUACGGCUUCAUGCUCCCCAACGAUCCCCUGCCACACGCUUGCAACUGGGUCUCAGCCGGAGGGCCGUGCGACAAGCGCUUCGCAACGUCAGACGAACUCCUGGCUCACCUCCGCACGCACACAGCCCUGCCGGUGGGGAUGGACAGUAAGCUGCUCUCUGCUUCCUCCUCAGGGCCUGCCUCCUGCCACCUUCACCUCCCACAUCAGAACAGUCCAGGCUCCAUGCCCAGCUCUCUUUCUCUCAGGGCUCCCCCCAGCCUGGGUCUGGCUCGCUAUCACCCCUACAGUAAGGUCCAUCUCCCCUCUGGACCUUCCUCCAUCUCCCUGCACUCUCUGCCCACCACAGGUCCAUACUACCCUCAUUACGCACUCUACAGUCAAAGACUGGGGUCUGCGUCGGCUCUGGGAUACCAGUGAUGCACCACCUACUUAAAUCUUUAGAGGAAUGGUUCAACGUGUUGGGAAAUAAUGCUUAUUUGUAUCCUGGCUAAGAGUCAGAUGAGAAGAUUGACGCCGCUGGCGAAUUUCUAUUUUAAAUAUGAAGCCAGUUCAUUUAGCUUAGCUUAGCAUGGAGAAGGGGUAAAAUACUGAACGAGCUAGCAGAGAUUUUAGCUGAGGAGCAGGUUAACACGUGCCCCUCACAGAGUUCAUUCCAUCUUCAGCCUGUAUGCUAAGCUUAGUAUCUGCUGGCUGUCGCUUCAUAUUGAGUGUGUGUGUUCAUCUGCUCAGCCAGGACGUUAAUAAGCACCCUCCCCAAAACGUCUUGAUGGUUACUUUAACUUUAAUCACUGCAACUUGCUGCUUCCUUUGACUUCGCAGCAGCUUCAAGUGGAACUGGGAGGGACUUGCGACUCCUGGAUUUUAACUUGAGAGCAUCUUCAACUUUUUUUUUCUUGGUUCUUUAUACAUUAUCUGUUUAUACAAGAUUUGUUGUUUCAAACCAGGACCUACUGCUAAAAUUCAGUGGACACGCAGCUCUUGCAUGUCUGCACAUUGCUCGGAUGCUUCUGCAGCAGGCGCGACUGCUCUGAGAGGACACUUGCCGCCCUGUGGACUCGCCUGAUUGAUGGAUGGACGCUGCGUGACAGCUCUUGGAUUUUCAGGGGGUUCUCGUUGCAAAUGUUGAUGAUGAUGAUUUUGAAAUGGCAGCGAGCUCCAGCAUCGGGAUCGGUGUUAGUGUGACUGCAGUGGCUUUCUCCCUGCAUCAGAUGCCUGUAAGCUCAGCGCAGUGCACACACUUGGUUUGCCCCCGUGGUUUGUGAUCAUCUGUUUUGGUUCCUUGGUUUUUUUUUUUCUUUUAUUCCUACUGAGAACUUGUAUUUAUUUUAUAAAAGGGGAGCUGACUGUAAAGUUUACCACAUAAAUCUCUCCUCGUUUUCAAGUGCACACACGGCAGGUGUGGAAUGCGUUGUGUCUUAAAACUUCUCCGAGAAUGAAUGUUACAGUCACAUCUCUCUCCGAGCUCCUCGCCUCUUUUGAUUGUUUUUAUUUUCACACGGCAAAUCGACUGAGAUGUGAUAUUUUUUGUAAACUUGGAGCACCCUGUGGUGGGAUCCAAUGAAAGGGGAGGUCAUAUUUUAGUAAAUAAAUAACACUGAAGAUGUAUAUUUUGUUGUCUUCAUUUCUGAUGUGAAUGGCUUUCAGUCAAAGAUUUCUCUUUAUUAGCUUUUUGUAGUGCAUUUGUUAACCCAAGGUUUAAUUCACUGUGUUGCCUUUGUUGGAAAUACUUGACAACCAACACCUGACAAAUGAUAUUUCUUGAUUAAUAACGAGACGUUUACUUAUGUCAGCACUUCUCAGAAAAAUCAGUACCGACAAGAAAAGUGUCCGAAACAUUUCCCAGACCAGUUCUGCCACUUUGCAGAUUCCUACCUUUUAAAGGAAAAACAAGUGAAGUGGUGAAAGGCAGGCGUAAACCCUUCUGAGCAUAUAUGUCAGCGAGGCGACAGUAUAGGUGAUCCAGAUGUGUACAGGCAGCUAUUCUUGCAGCGAAAACAGUUACUUGAUUGACGACGUCGGGUGUGCUUUACCGUUGAGCUCCAGCUUAUUCCGUGUCAACCUCAAGCUAAAGCAUCCUGAUUUAAUGCUCCCAGAUUUAGCGUUCAAGUGCGCUUCGUGAAAAAUGGCGACAUUUGUGCCUGUCGAGCCUGUCGAGAUGUAAUGUAUAUACACUGUAGCCACUAGCAGCAGCUUUCCGUGCGAUCGAGACGGAGCCCUGACAGUUGCUCAGGUUACCGCAGCCAGCGCGUGAUUGGCAGCAGUAAUAUGCCAUUUCCUAGCAACAUGACUCCGUGACACCCUUGGCAAAGUAUAGAUGACCCAUGCUGGUCAAUCACAACUCUGACAAGGCUCCCAGAGGGGUCAAAGCGGCCUGUAACAAGAGAGAGUGCUCCUGUUUCAGUGGUCUGACUUGCUGUUGUGGGGCUGUCUGAGUUCGGCAGCCCCCCCCCCCCCGAGUGUUUUGUGUUGUCAGAUAUGCCCCAGAAAACAGACACGCUUUAGUUUAUUAGCUCUAAGAAAUAAGUUGGCAGUUGUUACCAGUUAAGUUUCACUUCUCUCUUUCAGUGACAGACUUGAGGAUAUUUUGAGUUGUUUUCGUUGGAUUUCUCUCCACAUUUCCUCUUCAGGUGUUAUCAGUCACUUGUGUUUACUGUAGCAAAGAUGCUAUGGCGUUGGAUUGGGAUGCCACCUAUUGGUGACCAGUGAUAUCUGUAUGUUACCAGGAGGCAACAUCACCUGCCUCUGUGGUAAUCUUCUACUCAUUUGCUUGAAAAUGGUUUAAGUAAUGUUAAUGAAAUUAUUCAAGAGGCCAAAAAUGGAAAAAGGCCAUGCACGCCUUUCUUUUUGCUGAAGGGUAGUAACCCAGUUUUUUAUUUCUUUCGGAGGUGAAAACACCUCUCAACAUUUUGUCAUCCCAAAUUUAGAUUUAACCCUUUCCUUGUGAAAUGUAUCACCUCAGUUUAAUAUUAAAGAUCAGUUAUAAAUUUGAGGUCACAAAAUAUCAGCAGAUCCACUUUAUAUUAGUUUAGGGUAGCAAAAAAUGUUAGGGGGUUCAACCCCCAGUGGAUGUUUAGCUCAUUCUACAACAGUGAUAAUAACUCAUUCACCACCACAAGUUAUUAAAAAAUAUAGAGCGGCUUUUGGCAACUUCUAAUUACGUUUGUAAUAUCCAAUCUGGUGUUUAAACACAUUUACAGUCUUCAGAUAUUAAGGUUUAAAUUACACUAUGACUUUAUAUUUACUAAUGCCGAGGCAAACUGAACCAGUCCAGUGCUGUGAUAUUAUCACAGGACACUGAGGGGGUGUUUUGCAAUGAAUCCUGGUGACACUGGUAAUUUGUUUUUCCUAGUGGCCCCAUGAGGUUAGUAUGUUUGAUUUAGAGCAACUCAACUCCUAUGGGAUGAAUUACCAAACAAUUUUCUACAGACAAUAACUUUUCUGCGUUGACCUGGAGGUGAGACAAACAACAUCAUUACACAAAACAAAACAAGAUGAAGAACACGGUUUCACGAAACAAAAGCAUUCAGGAUAUGUUUCCAUUUUAUUGUUUUGUGAAAUAUUCUUUAUUUCUUUCUAAUUUUUCAUUUUAGGUCCACCAUACCUUGAAGCCUGUUUAGCUAGCUUACAAAAAACAAACAAAAUUCUCUGUAAUUUAAUAUAUAGAUAAAAUUUUAGAUCUAAAUCAACUAAUUUAAAUAAGGCAAGUGACAUUUAAUUAAAAUUUACUUAUAUAGCACCAAAUUGUAACAGUCACUUCAAGUUGCUUUUUUAUAUUGUAAGGUAGAGACACUAAAAUCAUGGAGAGAAACCCCCAACAUCCAGCCAACCAUCUAUGAACAAGCACUUGGAGACAGUGAGAAGAGAAAACUCCCUUUUAACAGGAAGAAAUCUCUGACAGGAUUUUCAUUAUAAAAACACAGAAAAAUGCUAUGAAAAUAAUUCAGUAACCACAGAGGUCUUGAGUCCCGCCCAGCUCUUAAAAAAAUAACCGCAUUGUAAUGGUUUUUUAAAUCUAAUUUUAAAAGAAAAAUCUAAUUAAUAUGUGCAAUAAUUCUAAUCUCAACUUUUCUUCUUCAGAAACUCACAAUCAAAUGCAACAAUACAAACAGUUUAAGAUGCUAGCAUUAAACCAUCCUUCCACUUGUUUGGCCAGUUGUACCGUUUAUUUAACAUUAAAUAUAAAAAAAUGUCAAAAUGCAUUAUCAUAAAAUACUGUUAGUUUAAAGAAAGAAUUAAUAAAUAUUGCACUAUAGUAGAUUCCAGAGAAAUCACACUGUUUUGUUGCCAGAUUUUUUUUUUUUUUGCUUUCUUGUGCCUGCAGCACUUUACCCUCUUCUACCCACAUAUGAAAAUCACUAGACAGCGAUAAAGACAUCUUAUUCCACUGAUGUCUUGAUGUCCAAGUUUGAAGUCAAUAAAUGUGUGGAAAAAAAGACUCACUGCAUGAAUGAGUCAGUAAAUGAAGCAGUGAAUGAUGGUUAGGUUAUGGUUGAUCUUUCCACGAGGGAGCGUGACUGUUCCCCUCUAUCAGCCCAUCGCAGCAGCUGCAUCAUCACUUGCAAAGCCAACAAACCACGUGCACAACAUUUCUUCUUUCUUCAGCGAUGGCCCUCACACCAAGGCUUUCUAGCUGCAGGAUAUUACAGACAGCAACCCUGACUGCAACUAAAUAACAUGAAUUAAGAAGCUGGACGGUCUCAGUUAGCGUUAGCUAGCUUGGUUAGCAAAACCAUUAACAAACAUACAGGCUAAUUAGCGCCACGUAACAGACUAAUGAAAUAUUUCAGUUUUAUGGUAAAUUCUAGGAUGGUCUGCACCACAUAGCACAUCACAGUAUUAUUCAGAUAAACCAUUAAAAAUGCUCCAACAUAGUGGAUGAGGCCUAGCAGACACAUGACCGCACUAUCACCUGUCAGUCAAUGCGGUCAUGCACCCAACUCCAGUAUUCAGAUGGAUGUGUUGUUAACAAAAAACAACAAAAAAACUCACUGAGAUGUGUUACACAUGGGAAGACUAUACAUAGAGGCCAAAAAUUGUAUUCAGGUUGUUAAUAUGCUUUUUUUUAUGCUGUAUAGUUGAACGUUUUAACAUGGGAGUCUAAGGACAAUGACUCCAUUUAGCAGCCAGCCUGAAAUGGCACCGAGAGGAUCUUCUGCAUUGGGUUCAUGUUUUUUAUCUCUGGAGAGUACCACUUGGCACAGCUCAUUGACUGUAUAAAAGUCAGUGAACACAGUCAUGUGUGCGCUGACUUGCAGCAACCUCACAGAGCUGCUGACUGUAUGAAAUCUUCAUAGAAAGGGACACAAUGUUUACAGUUUUUGCAUUUUAAACAUUGUAAACAUACUUUACUUAUUAACCACUGAUUCAGGUUUGUUUUGAGUAGUCGUUAUAUUUAUUUCUUUUUUCCUCAAACCUUUUUUGGGGGGACGAAAUGUUCUGUGCAAAGGGAACUGAGAAGCAGCAGGAGGGGAGAUGGAGGGCACCCACUGACUAUUACAUCUAUAUUUAAACAAUAUGGUUUACCCAUGGUUUCAUCCAUCACAUAACAGCGCUGCUUUUCCAAUGUGUUGGUUGCAGACAUCUUUGUUUUCUUUUUAAAUUUAGCACUCUAAUUUAAAACCAGUGUUGCGAACACAUUUCGCUGUAAUGUAUAAAAAGCCUUCUGGUAUUAUUCUGGUUGAUAUAAGUGAGUCCUUGGAGCAGCCUGACAGCCCUGAUGAUUAAUGGUGACAGACUGUGGAGCUGCCCCUUCAUUACAUGACAAGCCUCUAACCUCUCUAUCAGCCCAAACCGGUGCAGAUGAAACACUGGGAGAAAUUAGAUUUAAGAAAUGCAGAUUUUUUUUAAAUCGAUCGAUUGAUCUCCAGAAUUUUUUGUUGUGUCUUCUCCUUUGAUGUCAGACGCUGUGAAAUUUCCUGCAUUAAAAUCAUUAGGCGUAGUCACAAAUUACAAACAUCUGCCCCGAUGCUUCUUUUCUGACUCGUCUCUGAGUUACAGAUCACACACUAUUUCCCAGAAAUGGACUCCUCUGCUUUCAUUUUGUCUUCUCUCCAACUUUAUCACUUCAUCCAUCAUCCGACUAUGAGGGCUUUUCAAGCAGUCCAAAAAUAAAGCGGACACAGAUGUCAGCCAUGCUGUACUGAUGUUUCUAAACCACCAUAAACCCAUCACUUACAUCCACCCACGGGCUGGGAGAAAUGUUGAAAAUACACUUUUCUUGCUUAAAGAAAAAAGAAAAAAAGCUUUGUCACCCCAUCCACUACACUACUACUCGUAUGUUAAAUUACCCACAUCCAACAAUAAAUCUGCCUGCACUGGAGCAGGUAUUUUUAUUUCUGAAAAAAAGAAUUACUGAGACCUCUCUUGCCUUAUGGCUUUUUUUUUAAGUCAACAGAAUGAGUUUAGUGGUGUACAAGAGGGCAAAUGCAAUUAUGGCUUCUCUGCUAAUGUGCAUGGCCCCAGCUGGUUUUUAUCUGGCUGAGCUGUAAGGGCUCCUAGAUCAGUUGUCAGCUCUCAUGCAUCAUAAACCCAGUGCUUAACAGAGAAACGUGCUUUGGCAGUGACCAGUGGAGGCCUGGAGGCCAGCAGCGGCUGCCGGUGGUUUUGGCACAUGGAGAGAGGGGGACACGAUCCUCUGCCUUCCGCAUCUGGAUCCUCACAGCCACAUUCUCUCAUUCCUCGUGGUUUUUACCCUCUUCACGAACACAACACGCCAUAAUUGGCUAGUGUGACCCAUAGCAGACGCCACGCCGGAGACUUUGGGAGGUCAAAGAAAAGGCUCCAAAAUACACACAUGUGGACGGCAACAUAAAGCAAGACAGAGAGAGCUAUCUGAUUGAGAAAGAGAGAGAGAGAGAAGCUUCAUGGAAAUAAGCAGACGUGAUUACUCAAAUACAGUCAUUAAGGAGGAAACGUUGUUUUUCAAGCUGUCAGGAUGAUUAAUGAUCGAGAGCAAAUUCCACUCAAAUGCUGUUGUUUAGUCUAACCAGCAGACCUGAUCUUUGCCACUAUGUUACAACAGAAAUGAUGUGUGCGUCCAGCAAUGUGGUGUGUUGAAGUGAAAAAAAGGCAAAAUACUGAAAUAGAUACAGGGAAAAGAAUGUGUCACACGUUUUGUCAUUCCUGUAGUGACUGCUACUAGUAUUCCAAGAGGGAUGAGAAAUGCACGUCACAUAAUCUGCAAAUAAAAAGCAGAUUUGCAAACGUGUACAAGAAUUUGCAUAAAAUGUCAUGUUUAUAACUCCAUUACCCAAACAAAUGCUGCUCAGUUUGGGGCACACUGAACAUCAAGUUGCUUUUAAACAUUCACUGAUUUAGCAGAUCAUUCGUAUGUAAAUGCACAGUCAUAUGCUACCUUUCCACAUGAAGUAUGAAGGAAUACUUCUUUUUAUUGCGCUCAUAUUAGCGCCUUUUAUUAGCAUGCGUGGCUAGCCACAAAUGAACAUGUUGUAGGCUUAUGUUAAAAAACCAAUACAUUUAUCUCAAACGGCACAUUCACUAAUUAAUAUUUGCUAAUUUUAUGCCAGAUGAAAGCUAAGCUAAUACCAUUAGCAAGGAAUGCACGCGUCCUUAACAGUUACCUUGCUAGUAGCUACCUGCAUUUAGGAUAUUUAGGAUAAAAUAAUAAGUGCACUCUGGGGUACAUACCUGGAGAAGGGUCAGGCAGUCAAAAGCUGAAGCAAAACACCCCUUGCAAUAAAAUAUAA